AUGCAUGCUACAACAAUUUUAGCACUUGUCCUCUACUCCAAAGGAGCUCUAACGCGAUUCAAGACAGAGGACCUCUACUCAUCUCCCGGAAUGGCAGUGCGUGUGUACGACCUUCGAAAGCGUUCCUUGAUCAAUUACAUCCCACUCGUCAAAGAUGACCAGGAGUUCUUGGUUGGCCGCUUUCCCUGCCAUCUAUUUUGGCACUCCGAUGAUUGCUUCCUCAUGGGCUGCGGCAAAGCACUCAACGUAUGUCGUAUCAGGCGGCACACCCCACCUGACUUCGAUGCUCGCUGGAGUUCAGCCAUGUCAGUGGAUCGAGGAGGAGGAGGAGGCUCAGAUACCUCCUCACAGAUCACCUCUAUCUCCACCUCCGUCAACAUCCCCUCUCGCGCCACCCGUUUUGUCCACAUUGCAAACCAGAUCACCCUUCCUGAUGCCUUGAUCUGUGGCAUUGCCAGCCAUCAAACUUACGUCCUGCUCCUCAUCUGUCCCAUCCAGUCCGACGAGGAUGCCCUCCUAACUGGCAGCUCAAGUAUGCAACAACCGCAGAUCUUGGUGGUAGACAUGGGCAGUCUCAGUGAGGAUAAUCCCUACCCAAAUUGCCCGCGAGGAGAUCAUGCUGAAAUUUAA